CUGAAUUUGAUGUCUGAUGAGUGUUUGGCAUCAUCUAUGUCCAAUGGUUAGAAAACUUGUAUACAGUACGGACCUUUGUUAAAUUGACUUCUGGGAGCCAAGUUGCAGGUCUUCUGAUAAACUGACUUCUGGAACAUGAGUUGCAAGUUAUUUGGCUGACUUUUGGAAGGCGGACCAUUUUAACCUGACUUCUGAAAGAAGAAUUGCUUCUCUGCCAUCCACCAAUCACAACAUCCUCACAUGUUGCUACAAAAUAUUCCACCCGCAGCAGACCUCUUCUAACCAAUCACAAUGCUGUUCUCCUUACGCGAGCUGGUACAGUGGCUCGGAUUUGCCCAGUUUGAAAUUUUUCUUCAUGUCUCGGCCCUAUUAGUUUUCUCUAUUCUUUUAGCACUCAAAGUUGAAGGAUUGAGCCUAAGUUGGUGGAAUGUAUUCAUCCCGUUCUUUGCUGCUGAUGGACUGAGCACUUACUUUACCACCAUAGUGACAGUGAGACUAUUCCAGGAUGGGGAGAAGAGGCAGGCUGUACUACGCCUUUUCUGGAUACUCACCAUUUUAAGCCUCAAAUUUGUUUUUGAGAUGCUUUUGUGCCAGAAACUCAUGGAACAGACAAGAGAGCUUUGGUUUGGACUCAUCAUGUCUCCUAUAUUUAUUCUGCUUCAGCUUUUGAUGAUCAGAGCCUGCAGAGUCAACUAGAGUUCGAUAAGAACUUGUAUUGUAGCUUAAGAUGUUUGCAUGUUUAUUUAUUAAAGUGUAAUUAAUUUACUGUUA